AAACCCUCUUUAUUCAUACUUAUAUAGUCACUUUCAAGUUUCAACGCCUGAGCAGUGACCUCCACUCACUGCGAGUCGAAAAGAUUCUCUCGCUCUCACUUUCGACAAACCAUAUUUGUCUGCCAUUAUUAUAUUUUUAUCAGAUAGGGUUUUUAAAAAGAUCUGAGAGCAAAACAGUUAGUUGGAUGGAGGGUUUGGUUUUAGAGGAAAAGGACGCUGGUGAUUGGGCGUACAGAGGCGAAGGAGCUUGUAAUCUUGUUCUUGCUUACACUGGAUCCUCUCCCUCCUUUAUGGGGAAAGUGAUGCGGGUACAGAAGGUGCCGCGGCGGGUCGGGUCGCCGGGGAGUCGGUGCCCGACGGCGUUGAGUGAGAAUGAGCGGGUUUUGUGGAAGGAGAUAGACGGCAUCGAUUCGUGCCCUAACAAAGAAAUUGCUGCCCAACUCUAUGUGGAACACGUUAUGUCUCCGCUAUUAGGUUCUAAAUAUGUUGACUCUGGGAUGCGUGUCCUUGUAUCUAGGGAAUUCCUGGAGUCAAUUGAGAAGAACAUUCUAUGUGAGCGUCCUGCUUGGCGAGUUGAUGCUGCCAAGGUUGAUACAGAUUGUGAUUCUGCGCUCCUUAUGAGUGAUCAUUCGCUUUUUCCUGGUACUCUCAAAGGUGUACCCUGUAUAUCUGUUGAGAUAAAGCCCAAAUGUGGAUUUCUCCCUUGUUCAAAAUUCAUAUCUGAAGGAAAUGCUGUUAAACGGAGCAUAACUCGGUUCAGAAUGCACCAAACCCUGAAGUUGCAUCAAGGAGAGAUAUCAGAAUUAAGUGAAUACAAUCCUCUCGAUCUGUUCUCCAAGUCUGAGGGCAAAAUACACAAAGCUAUCAAUGAUCUCUUUACCACGCCACAGAAUAAUUUCCGGGUAUUUUUGAAUGGUUCUCUCAUAUUUGGGGGCUUGGGUGGUGGUGCAGACAGUACUAAUGUUGUGACUAGUGAAGCAUUUGAAGAUGCACUCAAGCCUGUCAUUAGGGCAGAUAGUGGCCUGCGCACAAAGAAUUUCCUACAGCUUGUUUCCGAGACAGUUUAUAAGUCUGGAAUACUGGAUCAGCUUCUUGAGGUCCAGAAGCUUGACAAAUUUGACAUAGAAGGAGCAAUUCAUGCUUAUUAUGACAUUAUUUCUGAGUCUUGUCCAGUAUGUGGAGAAUUGGGUGAAGAAGAAGUAUCACAUAGAUAUACCUCUUUGCAUUCCAUUCCUAUGGAUGAAAGCUUGAAGAUUGUGAAGGACUAUUUGGUAGCUGCAACUGCAAAGGACUGUAGUCUGAUGAUUAGUUUUAGACCAAGGGCAGAUGGGGAUUUGGGAUCUCCAUAUAAUGUACACCUAGAGUCAACCAACCAAACUUUUGAUUACAAGGCAUCUUUCAUUGACCUGGAUUUGAAACCUUUGAAGAAGAUGGGCAAAUAUUAUGAGUUAGACAAGAAGAUAGUCAGAUGCUAUACUAAGAUGGUGGUCACAAAACAAGAAGCAGAUGAAGCCACAAGCAUGGAGGCUUAUACUACUAAUAAAGAUAAAAUAAAAUGCCAUGGAGGAUAAUUUCCUGCUGAAGAUUCUAUUGGAGCUGCAGUUAAUAUAAAAGGCUCUGUGCACUGUGGUUGAGCAGUUUUGGUACUUUAAAUCAGCCUAGUUGAACGUGCGGUCCAGUUUGUUGGCUGCAGCUUGGCUGAACCAUGUGCUCAACAACGAGUUCCUGAGCUGUGAAAAGAAAACUGUAGUGUCAGUGGAACUGCUCUGUUUAAAGUGCAGGAAGAGGGUGAUGAAGUUAAUUGCAACAAUUGAAGGUAUAACUUCUAUAGUCCUUGACCCGUCUAAAAGUACAGUGACAGUAAUUGGUGAAGCUGAUCCAGUGAAGAUCAUCAAGAAGGUCAGAAAAUACAGACAAUCUGCAGCAGUCGUUAGUGUAGGUCCUGCCAAAGAAGAGAAGAAGGAUGAGAAGAAAGAUGUUGUUUCUUUUACUCCAAAGACUUGUCAAAGAUGUGAUGUGUGGUAUGUGAUUGGCGAAGAUUAUUAUAGUUAUUGUUCCAUCAUGUGACUAACCCACGUUUCAUGUAUUAUUUUGUAUAGACUGUUACUAAGUUCUCAUGUCUUUCACAGCCUAAGAUGUUGAGAUUGAUCAAAAUAAUGUCUCUAUUUAAUCUGAACUUAUGGGGGCUUGGCAGCCUCAAAGCGUAUUUCUUGCAUUGAAAAUUUCACAAUUUACUGUAA